AUGUCUGAAGAAACGUUAACAUUAUUCGAUCGUUAUGAUAUAUCUAUAACAAACACCGAACGACGAAAUACAAGUAGUAUAUCCAUUCAAGACUGUUAUAUUGUUUAUUUGAUUGAAUGCCGGCCACGUACCCAUUGUGGAUCAAGCGAAAUAGAAUCAACAUGUGUAUUUCGACGAUAUAGUGAUUUUGAAACAUUAAGAAAUUAUUUAACUGCAAAAUAUUCAUGGAUUAUUGUUCCAGUUUUACCAGAAAAAACUAUUUCUCAUACAUGGUCAAAAUCUCAUCAAGAUAGAACAAGCGUCGAAGUUGUAGAAAGACGAAGAUUAUUACUAGAGCGUUUUCUACAUCAUUUGUGUGGUCAUCCAACUUUAUCAUCUGAUUCAGCUGUACAAAAUUUUGUUCUACAAAAUGACGGUUGGAAACAAAUUGUUGAUAUAAGUCAUGUGUUAAAUAAGAGAAUGGCCGAUCGUCUAUUUACAUUGUAUCAAGCUCAUAAUAUGUUUGGAAGAUUAUUUAGUGAUUGGAGUGGCACUGAAGAUAAACUCGGUGACUCAUUACAACGUGCUGGACAUUAUUUAGAUAGUUUUUCUGGUCAGAUUGAAGAGUUUCUUCAUGAAGAAGAUGCAUUGAUGGAUUUUAUCAAACAACAGGCAACAUAUUGUGAAGUUAUCAGAGGAAUUGUCGAAAAACACGAACAAUUAAUUGAAGAUACACAAAAAUAUGAAAAUAAUCUCGGUGUUAAAAAAACUCAACGAGAUGCAUAUGCCAAUGGUAAAAUGAAUUUUUCUGUUAACGCAUUAAAAGCAAAAUUAUUUGGCGAUAAUCAAGAUACACGUUAUGCUAAAAUAGAAUGUAUGGAUGCUGAUAUUAAUGAUGCAACAUUACAUUGUCAAAAUGCAGAAGUCAAAUUAAAUGAGUUUAAUAAGAAUGCUGUAACAGAAUUAGAAUUUUAUAAAAAUAUGAAAGAAGAUCAAUUCCGAGAUAUUUUAAGAGCAUAUUGUCUAUUACAAGCAAGAAUAUGUAAAACGGCUUUGAAAAGUUGGACAAAUAUUCGUGAUUGUUUUACAAUCGAACAACCACCAUUGUAG